ACAAGAGUUUUACCAUCGUGUUUCAAGCAGUCGUGGCCGGAAACGCGGCCCACGGUUUUGCAAAUUCUCGCUCCCGACCGUGGAUUCGCGGUUUACGGACAAUAACCCGGGAACCGGUUGUCGUUUCGUUUGGCAACUUUGAAAAAAUGUAAUCGCCUGGCAGGUGGCCGCGCCACGUCGGCCAUGGCAUCGCGUUAUCAUAGAAAUCACGAGACAGUUUCGCGAGUUGCGUGCCGCGAUACACAGCAGAUACGUGUACCACUAUAAAGCUUGCCUUAUCUUAACGUUAUUGCAUAUGACGGACGUGUUACGUGGUCCUGCUGCCAAGGCAAUGGCAACGCAACUGCAACGGAUACGUACUCGAUUCGGAUAUCGUCCGGCUGGACGUUCGACCAUCAAGUUACGAGACACUGGGAUGCUGAUAAACAAAGAUACCGUCGCCUAAUUGAAAUCGCACUGCGUUUCAAGGUCCUGAACGUAUAUACGGAUGGAAUUAUUAUUAUUAUUAUUAUUAUUAAUGGGACGAGCUAACGUUGUGGAUUGGGGUAACGAUAUUGAGAAAUGAGUGGUCCUGCAGAGAUUGCAGAUCGAAAUUCUGGCGCGCCGGGAUGCUCUUGUAUCGUGUAUACGACGUUAAGCACGAAACUAGAAGAAAAAGAAAGGAGGGCGCUAAUAAUUAUUAGAAAGUAGAUCUUUUUUAUGGAUGAGAGUUAUUGGAAAUAUUAUUGUUAAAAGACUGCCGGUUUCAUUCCACAAUUUCCACCAUCACGGCUAUUCAAAAAUUCGAUUACUACGAACAGUUGGACAAACGGAUCACGCAAGUUUUAGCUAUCGAAACCUAGUGUCGUCGCUUUCGUAUGCAAGUCCCUGGAAAUUUUGCCCGCGGUAUGAAUAAUUUGGCUGAGCAGAACGAUAAUUAUAACAUGAACGGCGUUAUCGGGUCUCGCGUGCAGCCAUCGUUAAUCCGCCACGUUCCAAAGCUAGAGGCGAUCAAGCGGUAGCCUUAUACGAACGAAUCGCCGUUAGCCCAGGACAGUGCACAGAUGGCCGAGUCCUGUUAAAGGAUAAUCUCGUUGAUUUUGCAAGAUAACGAGUAGUCGCGCAGAUUGGCCGGCAGAAGGACUCUAUUGGAUCAGCGGUAUCCUUUGUCUCGCCGCACUUUCAAGUAUAUCCACGGGACAAAGUACCAACUGCUACUGUUUUUAAAUAGUUUAGCCAGGAAUUGGGAGGCCACCGGUGACCAGUCAAAGUAGCUUUUGUUCGCGUUACUCCACGCCACUGAUUUACCGAGCUUCUCUCACCGCUGUGGUAUGACGCGGGACGCCUUCAUGCAUACUUUGAUCUAGGUGAACACGACGGUAUCGUCGUUGUUGAGGCAGACAGAGGAACUACGUUUAUACUCUUUUUUAACGACUAGAUGGAAGUUCGGUCCUAGUAGCUUCACGAUAGUAUUUCCUAUAAGCGUUAGACGCGCACGUUUCAUGUGUAAUGUAACAACUGGAAGAUCGUUCAGAGAUCGCAAACUUCCAGUUAUGCCGUUUACGCUUUAGACGAUCACGCUUUUGUCGAAGUGCAACUAAGCGGUAAGUCUGUGACGGAACAGAAAACCUUGUUUCCCUCGAAGCUGGCCAAUAUCAUCUCUGUAGAAACGGAGGCUGUGAUGAGGGAAGCCGGUUAAAGGACCCUGUGUCGCGCAGGCGCCGGUAGGAGUACAGGAAAGAUGCUGCCUUCCUCGAGAGCUUUAUUAAGCCCGCUGCUGCUUCUAAUCAUCGCUGGAAGCACCGGUGCCUUCAGCUCCCGACAAGGAGAAUGCACGUUUCCACUGAAAUGGGAAGGCACCUGGUUUCAAAGCGGAGUCAGACAGCCGAUCGCCAUCUCCAGGAAUGAAUUGUCCAGCAAGGGUAGGUGCCUGCACAACGAGGGCGACAAGUUUCUCCUGGUUGAUCAAAAAUCCUGCUACCGUUGCGUCGUCAUUCACGAGAAGCACUCGAACGUUCUCCAGUACAAAGAAACUUACUGUCACAGCAGAAAUUCAUUGUCAUCACUGUGCUCAUACAUCACGGGAGAUGCCCUGCUCUAUUCGAUGUUCCGGGAGGAGGCUACACCUGUGCCGUGCCCUUUUCGAGGACCCAUGACCUUCUCCUAUAACCGCGGCCACGGAACUUGCUCGGUACCCGUCAGCAACGUCGACACCUGCACCGACGAUAGUAGAUUGUUGUUCAGAUACCAGGCGUGUCCCGAUAUAUCUGCUUCCGAGAGCGCAGUGGAGGAACUGGAAUGCCUGGCCACCUGGAAGGAGGGUAGCAGCCGUUACCUGGUGGGCCGUUUACAUCACGGACACGCGUCCAGUAACGAAGAUCGAUACCGAUGCUUCGUCUACGAGAAGGCCGGCCAGACAGUGCAGAGUAAUCUACACAGAGCUGCCAUGGGCAUAGGAGCCAUGGAUCACGAUGUCGGUUUACAGAGUGGACCGGUGCCCGAGGGUGCGGCCGAGAUCUACCGGGUGGCACAGAGCGGUGACGCCACUUGCAACGGCCUGUUCAGCCCUAUGGAAGGAUCUCGAACCAUGACGCUCAUGAAAGUCUCGCCACCCGGCCAGUGCCGAUUUCCCAAUUGGUUAACCGGCCACUCUAGCGGCGGACUGACCUGGCACACCCUCGACCUGACCAGAUCUUACACGUUCCAUCCUCGGAACGCUUCCCUGCACGUAACCAGAUCGAAUAGCAGUUCCUCGAGAUUCGAAAACGGUCCCCUAGACGGACAGUACGUUCCAGGUCAAGAAGAUCAGGACGUAAAGAUCUUAUGCAACAGCAUCAAACAGUCUAGCGCUGCUCAAGCGAUGACGAUGACUAUGUUGGUCGCGCAUUUCACCGUCGGUUGUCGGAGCGGUUUCAUGUGCAUGACGUUCUACCGAAGGGACGGUCACGUGAUAGAAGUGCAAACCGGAAGCGCCGUUUCAAGGCCGGAAGAAGCUUGCAGCACGCCCCAUUUUCAACAGCACAACAUACCCUUCCUCACCUUAGUCACCAGUUCCCCGGAGCCACGUACGUGCCCGUACUUGGGCAAAUUUACGGUGACGGGGGUGAACCGGAACCAACGGAACAUCCGUGAAAGCCGGAGGAACCAACACCAGGAGGGCGUCAGGCGUGACAGAGAAAAAGUUCGGCACGCCCAGGAACGAACCCAGGAAGAUCGACGCGGCCGGAAGCUCGACUUCGACGUGGAGAAACGAAGGGCGAACAACGAAUACCUCGUCCAUGAGCGAAUGGGCAGGCGCGCCAGAUCGAAUCGAAACAACAGAAACCAUCGCGAUCACAGCCUCGAGGAGGUGUCGUCCAAGCGGACAUUGGACAUCGAGGACCUGCUGCGCGACCAUUCUAGAUCCAAGAUCAGAAGAUCGGAGGACCAGCGAUCGGCCGAAAGCGUAUCGAGGUCGAAACUCAGAAGAACGCACGAUCUUGCCAAACGUUCAGCUAGUAUCCGGCGAACAGCGAGCAACAGAUCAAGGAGAAGCCCAAAGAUGGAGGACUUCCGGGUAGACGCAGACGAUUUCGCGCGAAUCAGGCAAUUCUGGGCAACCGAUUUCGACGGUCCGGAUGGCUCAAGCAUGCUCGAGAUUCAGGGCGAUUAUUUCGGCGAUUACCCGGACACCGCUAACCUGCCAAAAAAGAGGUCAGACAGAGAGAUGACGUCGAACCUGCUGGCGAGGAUGAGGAGAAACGUCGAGCAACCGAAUCCUAGCAACGGAUCUUUCGAGAAAAGGGAGAAGAGAGAGGAAGAUAUCUCUAGAUGCAGCUCCGAGGUUACUACCAUAACCAUAGGAUGUUCUACCGCGGACAGAAUGGAAUUUCAGACGGACUGCGUCGAAGACAACGCGAUCGCGUACUCCUGCCACGGUAGGUGGUUCGACGCGGAGGGCACCCAAUUCGUGAUCGCCACCCAACUGGCACCUGGCACGAGCUGGUCCAGUGAGAACAACAGGCCCCAGCCGUACAGAAACAGUCGAAGAUUGUGCUUCAUGUACAAAGAGAGCGGCGGAGUUGUCAGUUUGACUGCCAGCGAGGUCGCCUGCCAGAGGGGAAUCCCACCGCCUCCGCCUAUGUUGGCCUUCAAUGCUACCAGUACCGGUCAGUGCAUGGAAGAGAACAGGGGAUUUGUUACUCGAUCGACGUACCUGAUGAUCGUCAGCCUGGCGGCGGUCGUCGCGAUAUACAGGUGAUUCUAAUCGAACGGACGACGAUCUCGCGACCGUUAAAACUCAACGUUUGUAAUCUGCGUUACUGGACACCGUGUGGGUGACGAAACGAGGUGGUACACGUGUAUAAAAAAAAAAAUAUAUAUAUAUUAUAUAUUAUACAUAUAUAAUAUACAUAUAUAUAUAUAUAUUAUAUAUAUAUAAUCGCCUUUGGCGCGAAUCACCGAACAAGAUCGGUCGAGCGUCCGGGCCAACGAGAAAGAAGAAACUGAAGGAGAAAAUGGCACAAUCGAUACUUUGGCUUCGAACGCUCGUGUCCGUAGCUCUUGCUAGCCUCUCUGAUUCGUCGGGAGAAAUUCGUGCUCGCACGACCAUCAAAAUUUUUUCGCGCAACGAGAGACGAGGAAAGAUAUCGAGGUUCGUCCUAGCUAGCAGGAGUGCUAGUCCCUGAUUCGAUUCGAUGUCGGGGAACGAAAAAUAAAGUCGCCUAUAAUAAAGAGACAAGAGGCAAAACUCUGAUUUCUUCCGUAUGAGAGGUGCUUCUCCAGACCAGAAGGAAAAUCAAGUAGACAAGAAAAGAGGGCGGAACAUCGUUUGGAAAGGAGACGGAUCCGAUCAAGAUGAACGGUUUAGUGACGGAAGGGAUGGAGGAAGGAAGGAAGGAAGGAAGGAAGGAAGGAAGGAAGGAAGGAAGGAAGGAAGGAAGGAAGGAAAGGGUAUUACUUUUCGAAGGAAAUUUUUUUUCUCAACGACGGGAAAGGGAACCGCUUGGUCCUUCGAGAGGAACGGCGUAAGGAGAGUGAGGGGUCGUGAAGAUCGAACGCGAAUUUCCCCUGGCCAGUAGGUUUUUUACCGAUGUAGCUCGUAGGCACUAGCUAAUUAAAAAUCGGGUAAAGAUAACAAAGUAAUUACACAAGUUUUUAUGGUUAGACCAUAUCACGAGCGAGAUCACGGCGCACGAUCGAUCGGAUUCUUUAGCGAAAGGUGACGAGCGACGAGAACGGGAUCGAUUGCCGGCCCGGUACGAUACCGAAGAGAGAAGAAGGCAACAUCACGUUUUAGUUAGUAAGACGAUCGACCGGCAGAGGUCGUUAUCAUUUAAGGUAGAAACUACAUAGCGAAUAGCUUUAAUAAGGCGCGAAGGGGAACAGGUUACUCGGCAAAUAUUUUUCACACCGGCUGCUCCUUUCUUUCCACGACCCUACAGAGAGCACUGUAAGUGGGCGUACCGUGUAUUUUAUAUAACCAGUUCGAAGAAUAGAAGCUGGCACGAAGAAAACAGGAGUGCACCUGUAUCUCGAAACAUCGUGGAUCGUCGUUACUAAAGUGCCAUCGACUUUUCAAUCGUAGCAACGCAUCGUUUUUUUCUAGAACAAUUUGAACAUUGUACAUUAAAUUAUACAAUAGAAAAAAAAGACGUACCAUUUUGAAGUUUAAUUCCACCGGAAAGUACAAUGUUCGAACAGCACGGAAGAUUCUGCAUCCGUUAACAGAUUUUGGGCCAAUCGAGAAAGCUCGCGGCAGAAUUCAAUUACCACACGAAAUAUUAGUAGAUGUAUUAAAGGUUGAUUGCAUUGUAGCUGUUAUAUAAUAGCUACAAAGGGCUAUUAGCCGUGUUAUAGCUGAAUGUAUAGCGUAACUAUUAUAUAAUAGCUGUAAUAGCCGCUAGCUGUAUUAAUAACCGACCGAAGGGGGAAAACAUAUUUCAAAGCUUCCGAGUUAACUGCGUUAUUUUUCUAUUGUACGAUACAAAAAAAAAAAGCACGCGUCGCUCGUCCACGAUGUUUAGAGUGCCGGACACGAUGAUCGAUGCUACGAAUUUAUCAUCGCGCCGAAUAUUAUUCGCCGAGUAAAACGUUCGAUCUGUUAGAAUGAUCGCGAAGAGUGAAACGAAGUUGACACCGAUACACGCGCGUAGCAAACAGUGUCAAAAGGUGUUAAUGAAGUAAUUAACGCAAUACAAUCUAUCGUGUAGUAGGAUUAUUUGAUGCGCCAAUGGGCUAAAGAGCGGAGAGGAACGAGAGACACGAGGAAAGAAUCAGGGUCUACCCAGGCGAAAUUUUAUUUUUGUGAAAAAAUCUUUGAAUAAUAAAUUAUCUUGCAGCAAAAUAAUCUAUAUCCUGCCCGCUGAUAAUUUAUCGUAUCAAUUGCAUAUUAACCCGAAACUAUUUGCGUAUAACUUUAACGAUCGCAAUGCAUUCUGCAUGGCUAAACAGAAACGUCGUGCCCGAUGAUAAAUUUAAUCCAAAUAUUUCUGGUAUUUCGAAAACAUCACUAUUUCGACGAUUCAAUUAACUUCCGUUGCAUCGGGGCGGUGAACAACGAUAGGCAAUUUCAAAGCGCCGUAAAAUUUAUUUCAUCGCCACUUGCAGAAUAUCAGUGUUCCUCGAACACGCUACAUUUUAAUGUUUCGAACGUUAGUCGAUUUCUAUAAAUGCCAGUUUCUUUUCUCAUUGAAAUUACGAACAGAGAUCGGGUUGCUACACGGAAAUUAGGUUUACUUCGUGUAAGGGUUCGUUAAGUUUUCCCAACAGUACGAAGGAUCAUUCUCGAGAGGGGAAAAUAUCGGUAGACAAACGGCCGAACGUGUAAAGUGUAAAAUUGUAACUGUGAUGGAUUUUCCGGUCCGUUAUACCGACUCGCAAUCGGGAACGUUCCCCCCUCUCAUUCGUGCGUUUGCGCCGGAUUAUUCGUUCUUUUCUGGCGACACUGAUUCUUUCUCGUUACGAUCUUGGUCGUGUUUAUUUUUCUUUGUCGAGCGUCGAUGGGUCUCGUGGAAAAAUUCCUGUUGGUAAAAGUUCUAAGGCAGAUAUUCCCGCGGUAGUUUAUCGAUGCAAACGGAGAUCGAGAAGGUGAAACGUGGAACAUAGCGUGAGACAAAUUGGCCACUUGUUCGACCCUUAUCACGCCGAGGGGGGAGGAAAAGGAGUCGAACGGAUAUUUUAUUAGAGAACUGGUGGAAACUCCGAGAGCUGUAUCGUAGCGUCACGUUGAUCUUGCGAAUCAAAAUGAAAUUUACCAUGACAAAUCGAAGAAAGAAUCGGAAUAUCGUGCGCGAUUAUCGAAUUGGUCCGCGUUCGCGAUUCUCGAUCGCGCGUAAACAUCGCAAACGAUAUCAUUUCCCGGUAUGCCGGAAGGAUUUCGUGGAACGGCCGGGUUUAUUUCAAAGUCUGGAGACGAAGGAAUUUUUCCAAGAACUCGACAGCGCCCGCGUUAACGUAAGCAAUAAGCAAUAAAGUCACGCAACGGCUCGAUCAUGUAGACAAAAGAUGUUGCGUUUCGCGAGGAAACUGUACCAUCACGUUAUGCCAGAGAUCUUCUAUUAUAUUGGUUUGUCCAAUCGGAUUUUCGCGACAGCGAUCGAAAACGGAGAGAAAAGGGAGACGCGAGUGGAUAAGGACCGAUCGAUCGCGAGGUAGGACGCUACGAUAUUAUUGUAACUAAUAUAGAGUCUAUAUUAUAUUAUUGUACAAGCAUCUUUGUAAUAAUUAACCCGAACCGAGUGACGAGAGGAAACGAAAAGGGAAAUACGAGCAAUGAGGCACGAUGGAAGAGUAGUACGCAACAACAACAGGAAACAGACGCAAAACGAAGCGAGAAAAAAGUUAAAAAAGAAGCAAAAAAAAAAAAAAAGAAAAAAGAAAGAUAAGAAAGAAAGAAGGUGAAUAGAGAGAGAAUGAAACAUAAGAAAAGCCAAUCGCUAUUUUACCACUUUUCCAAUCGCGGUACACGUAGCUUUCGCGUCGUUAAAUUUCUCUUCGUGCUCAUUUUUGCGACGCGGACGAGGACCAGCCUUUGAUCCCUGGAAAUUUCGCGUCUGUAAAUAUAUCUGUGGCCACGCGGACUCCAUUAUCCUAGACGCAUGUCUCAUUUUUUAUCGGCAUUUUUCGUUUAGUUGCACCUCGUCGAGAGAUCUACUCCCCUGAUCUCGAGAUGAAACACAGGUAUUUCGGCGCCGUACGAAAAAAAAAAAACGUUCUUUUAGAUAUGAGAACAGAGUAGUACGCAACUGUAUAGAGGGAAAAGAGGGCUGUCGACGUGCUUUUUCGUCGGGAAGAAAAUAUCGAAGCGUGGAAAAAAUGGCCGCGCGACAUGCGGAAAAAUGCGGUGGAUCAAAGGCUCCUUCUCUCAGAGGCGUUCAUUUAAUCGAGUGAAAGACGCUCUCCUUUUCAGGGUUCUCGGAAGAGAAAGAUCGAUCGACUUUCGUUAGGCUUCUCGGCAAGUACCUUCUUGACAAGUUACUUACCGUCGUUGCGCACAGAAAAUCGCGGAUUAGCGAGCCACGAGGCGUUUUUUUCUUUUUUUCUUUUUUUUUCUGUUUCGUUCGCUCUAUCUUACACGUUUUUGUUCGUUUCCUCACCGGACGAGUAGAAUACUUAGUGGUUUAGGACUUUUAACGAUUAGCACCUUAGAUGCCGUACUGUACCUAAGAAGAUGCAACGUAUUUAGCAUAACCUUAAGGUGAAAAACAUAGCGAUUAAGGAUUACUCUAGCUUCAUAGGGGUAAUAAGCUCAUUGUGACAGCAAUCAGAGGUGCCCCGCGGUCGAAGCGCGAACAAAGCAACCUUUUUCUUUCCCCGAGCACGUUUUUCGAUCACCCAUCUCGCGUCUGUCGCGCGUGCACUUCUUGCGAACAGUCUCGAAUGCCAAUUCUGUCUGGAGCGUGCGUAAGAGAUGUUUCAAAUCGAUAAGAACGAGAGUCACAAAAAGAGAGAGAGAGAGAGAGAGAGAAGUGAGCAGGGGCGCGGCAAGGAUUUCUAUUAAUCUAACGAAGCGUCGGUUACUCGAAUCGCUCGGCUACCGGGUCCGCAUAAAUAUCCGAAUUUUCGACGGCUCGAGUUUAGACUACUUCCGUUCCACGCGAAUAUUUGAACUACGGUUAUCGUGUUGAAAGUCAAAUAUAUUACUCUCGGCGGCGAAAUAUCGGCGGACGACGACGACGACGACGACGAUAGAUUCGGGCAGCUCAACGAUCGAAAUUCUACAAGUUGGACCCAGCGAGCGGGCUGCCGCGUCCUGUCGCACAUCGAUCGAUCGAUUCGACGAUCGGUCAGAAUUACACGAAUUCGCUGUUAGGACAAAACCGCGGACAUUCGAUAAGAAAACGAAAAUGUCGGUGAUUCGGCGAAUCGUUGAAUCGAUAGCCGCGGUGUUUAUCCCACGGGUAGGAGGAACGUAUUCGCCAAUAAUAGUUAGAAGUUUGUUAUUAUUUUCGAUUUGCCCGACGCAAACAACGCCGAGGGAUUUGAUAAUUAUCAGAGCAUCCUCAAACAUCGUUACUGACCGACCGCCUAGGUUCGCGCCACCCGGCCUCUCGUCAAACAUGCGCUCCGCUUAAUGAGAUUGAUGCAAUCGGCCGAUGCAUUUAAUCCGGUUAAUUUACAUUGGGUCCUAAUAUCGCACGCGAAUAUUCCGCUAAUGCAGUCGGUAAUGAGAAACAGAAAAUUGCUUGCACAAACUGCUCCCUUUCCCAUCCCCCUGAACGCUCGUACGCGGACAAGCGGCUGUGAGCGCGCGUGUACCAUCGCCACGCGUACUCUCCGCGUUUUUCGACUCAUCCGGAAUCAUCAUCAUCAUUAUCAUCAUCAUCAUCAUCAUCAUCAUCAUCAUAUUUUCCAUUGAAAUUUUCAACGGAGCAUCGCGAAUUAAUUUAACUUGACGAUAGAGAGGGCGAGGGGGGCACUGAUCGAGGGGAACGAUUCGAAAAGCGAUCGAAUUUAAAGCGUGGAUAACGAGAGUAAACGAACGGUAUAAUUUUCUUACGCGUUCAUUUUCGAGGUCGACCGCUUUGACGCGCCGACGUGCCCCACUGUCUGCGAACAAAAAAGUUUAAUUACGGUGGGAAAAAAAAGCCGACGGGUAGGAUGGGAGAACGAAAUUAGUCGGUCGAGAGAGGAAGAAAAGGAGGAGGAAAGGAAGCGGCGAGCAAAACUACGGGAUAAAGAUGAGCUGGCUGUCGAGGGAAUCCAGGGGAAUAGCAACGUCAUAGUCAGAAACAGGACACGUUUACGCGGCCUGGAUGUCGGUUAACGAUUUUAUGGAAACCCGUCUAAUGGGAUUAUCGGAUUACUUCCGCGUCGGUACGGCUGCUCUACCGCAGUUUAUUAUUCUCACACAGUGGAUUAUACGCUCGUUCUUGAAUCUUCUUCCAUAGGUCGUAUAAAGCCGAACGUGGUAGCGGCGCGUCCUUCAGGAAUGCAGCCACAUUUGCAGACAUUUGCCGGCGCGCGAAACGGUUGCUGCGGUUUACUCGCGCGCUAAAUUGCCACAGAGAUCGAACGUUUCGCGGCCAAAGCGGCGUGAUUUCCCGAGAUUUCUAAUGUCUUUUGAUUCUCCUCGUUCGACACGUGCGAUUUUAUUAAAUGGCGAUUUAACGAGCCCUCCGCUCGACGUAAUCUCGAGCGUGUCUUUUUGUACGAUCGGCGUUCAAUUCGCUCGAGUUUCAGCCCCUUAUCGUCGUUGGAGCAAUAGGCAACCCUUAAUGAUGCCGCGUGACGCAUCCGGGCCGAUUCGAAACCGUCGCUCAAAGAUUAGAAAGGCAUCGCGUGCCAUAUGGGGACGAGCGUGCACCCCUGGCCGAAACUUCUCUCCGCGUACGCUCCAGCGAACCGAGGACGUUUUCAAUCAAGGGACAAUCAUCCCUCGACGAGCAAUCGAACCUUUUUAUCGAAUCAUCGCGGCCCGUCGUUUCCAUCCUUCGAACGAAACGUCAGCGGCCGAUCAUCGAACAACGACGAGGAUACUUUUUCGCGGCGAGGGUACAUAUGGAGCAAUAUAAGAGCGAGUGUGCGUUCACGAGAAACAGAGAGGGAGAGAAAGCGAUGGAGAGCGAGAGAGCGGGAGAGAGUGAGAAGAAUAGCGAUUCAACUACGAUAUAAAGGACAAAGUCCGAGGUUAGUCAGAAGAAUACCUGGACGAAGGAGGCAAUAUUUUAUAAUACAGACAAAGCAUACCGCUUCAGAGUUUCUAAUACUUUGUUACUUUAAUUUUCAAUAAAUAAUUAUUAUCGGUGUUACAAUAACUUCAGCCUAUACGAUCAAUUCUUUGAAUUCCUCACGCGACAAACGAUAUACCACACACCUCUUGAGUAAUCGAGUCGAGGGACGCAUCGAUUACUUUGGUCGGAAUUUCUUUUCUUCGUUCUCCGUCGAAAGAGUUGACCCACUGGAACGUUGGCCCUUUUACGGAGAAGCGGCAACCGGGCGCGUGACCAGGCCCACGCCGGCAGUCUUUAUUAUGUAUGUUUGCGCACACUUUAGGAUACCCAUGUAUAUAGAUAUACGUACAUGUAUGAUCGCAUACCGUGUGUAUAAUUUUUGGUCUCGUGGGAAGUGCCGGGUGCGCGACGCGUUGCGUGUUUAGCGAACGAUGGAACCGCGGGGCAAUGACGAGACGAAAGAGAAAGAGGAAAAACUGUAUGCCGAUUCGAUUUUAAAUUAGAGGAUCGAUCCUUGCUUGAUCGGCGACCCGGGGACGGUAGGUGCAUCGUCAACGUUUUAAUAUAUCUCGAAUUUACAUUUAAAUUAUCAGUCAAAUUCGUAGAUGGAAGUUUCGUACGAGCUUUUACAAAAAUUGCAAAUUACAAAUUUAAAUUUCAAAUAUUUGCAAAAUUCUAAAACGGUCGGUCUGGUUGGUUAAUCGGAUGGAAGAUGGCGGGUACACGCGUAAGCAAUCUGUAGACGAAACGAGGAGGAGCGCAAUCACUCUCGCAAAGUGUGAUUCAUGAACCGUUCGUUUCUGUGCACCAGGUCACGGUCAGCAACCAAUGAAAAAGAUGAUUCUCCUUAUUUAGUGGGGCAAGCGAUCAAGGACAUUGCUGCCGGCAGUUUUACGCCGGCAGCCGAGCGAACGAUUUUCCAACAUACCGCGUAAAAAUAGCGGCCUCUGAGAAAAAUAUACAUCGCUGGAACAGUUAAUAGAAUGUCGAUUCUCUGGCUGACACGUGUCGGAUGUGAUCGGGGAUAAAAGCUGCCAGGACAACGGACGAAUGGAGUCGAUAAAGCGACAGCAGUUCGCGAACGUUCACCCGUGCAAACAGCGUUUCCCUUAUUUAUUUAUUACGAUUUUCUCCUCCAUGAAAACAUACGAACCAAUCUACCCGUUCGUGUCGCCAACUUAUGUACGCAUCGAGCGCAACACAAAGAAUUACGUAAGUUCACGUCCGACUAUCUGUUCUUGUCGUAACCGUGAUAAUGUAGCUAUUUUAGCUACAAUCGUCGUGAUUUUGCGAAAUCAGAAAUGAACUUGGCGUGGCUUAUUGAACGUUACACGCUCGAAGCAGCGAUACCGGCGUGCCACUUCAACCGAAAUUUAUCAACUCGAAAUCGUUUGACGGACCGGAAAUGGCCGGGUUAAGAGAACGCCGGCGCAUCCAGGAUUUUUCGCGUGGUUGCCUGAUGUUCGAUGCGUCGCGAGUUGCGCACUUAUCGUAAUUUCGCAAUUUCGUCACCUACGACGCGUGCGAUUCGACGACGAGCACGAACCAUCGAUCAUUAGCUGCGCGAGGUUUAAUUGCGUCGAACGAUUGAAUUUGACGAGUCGAGCGUAGAAUAGACGGAUCGAGCCGGCCGAUCGGAAUUUAGUUUUGACCACCCUCCUCGAUUCCAACUUUCCGACGCACCGCGCGUUGCAAAUUGUACAAUGUGCAAUCACGUCGAAUCGACGAAGCGACACGGCCCGAUGUAAUCGAGCACGAUCGUUAAAGAUCGUCACGCGAUCUCGUCCUCCUCCCAGUGGUAAUUUGUAGGAUAUCCAGCUCCGCUAUCGGCGUCGAAGAAAAACGGAAAGUAGACGAGCGAGAAAUCGAAAUUCGCCAUCGCUGUUUCUAUAUUUGCCAGAUCUAUUCACGAAGUUCAACAAGAAUUCGGAUCGUGCUCCGAUCGUCCCCAGUGUCGUUCCGCAGAAAAAAAAGAAAUAAGUUAAAUAAAAUAACCGAUAAGGAGAAAGAUAAAAGCGUAAAAAGGAAACAGAGUUACUGUAGUCUCUGUUGGAUGAAUGACAGAAAAGCAAUACUGCAUGAACGAGGCAUGCGUGUGAAGCGAGUUUGCGAGAGAGUGAAGCGAAACGGACGCGAAAAAGAUAAGCAUGUAUCGGUAAGAGAGAAAGAGAGAGAGCGAGAGAGAGAGAGAGAGAUGCUCAGCGAAUGACAAGUGUGUAAGCUACCUGUGCCUUGUAACAAACUAUGUAUGUAUAUACGUAUUAUAUACACAUGGUCACACGAGGAAGAAGAAGAAAGAAGAAGUACAUUACAUACCACACAUGUAACACACGUAAACUCUCACGGUAAUCUAUAUAUUUAAAAGAAAAAAAAAAGAAAAAAAAACAAUCGUUGCCGUCUCUUCUGAAACGCAGCAAGAAUAUUGAGAAUCCCUCUCAAAAUUUCGUUCAACGCGCGCGUAAUGAUCGACAGGACGAAGAUACCUGGAGGUGGAUGGCGGAAGAGGUGACGGGAAAAAAUAAAAAAUCUUAACGAAUGAAAUAAAGAAAAAAAAAAAAAAAUCGUAAAACAAAGGAAACAAAUACAGUGAAAUAUGUUUGUUGAAUUGAACGAAAACACAGGAGAAAAAAUGACGAAAAUAGCAAUAAUCGAAUCUCAGACUGAAUUAUAAAAUGGAAAAAAAAAAGAGAAAAAAAAAAUGGGAAAGAAUCGAAUAUUACACCGCAAUCUUUGUUGUCGCGGCGGCGACGCGCGAGCGUGUUAAUUAUUAUAAAUACUGUUACAGUGUCUUGCUACACACACAUUGGGGAGAUUAAAAUAAAAUCUCGAAGCUCGAA